AUGACAACCCUUCAACACAGCAAGCUGGCCUUCAUCGGGGGAGGCAAUAUGGCUUCGGCCAUCAUCCAAGGCCUUCUGAAGCAGGGAAUCACGGGUGGAAACGUCACGGUCUCGGAGCCGUGGGAUGUCAACCGCGAAAAGAUCGCGGCCCUGGGAGUUUGCACCACAACUUCGAAUGUUGAAGCUGGAGGAGAAGCGGAUAUUGUGAUCCUUGCAGUCAAGCCUCAAGUGACCCAGAGUGUGUGCGAGGAGCUGGCGGCUGCCUGGUCUCAAAGAUCGACAUUACCUAUUGUGGUCAGCAUCGCCGCGGGCAUUACCCUGAAAAGCUUGCAAGAAUGGACCAAGACGAGCGAUGGGAGAACUGCCCAUACCAUUCGCGUGAUGCCGAAUACCCCGGCGCUGGUCGGUGAAGGUGCUUCCGGUCUCUUUGCAAGCACGGAUGUGACAGACGCUGAAAAGAAACUGGUGAAUGCACUUCUCGGCAGUGUUAGCAAAGCCACUGAGUGGGUGGACAGAGAAGAAUUAUUGGAUGUAGUGACUGGCCUGUCUGGAUCCGGACCCGCCUACUUUUUCGCCAUGGUUGAACAUCUAGUUGCCAGUGCCGAAGCCCUGGGACUUCCAAAAGAGCAGGCUACUCGACUAGCUACACAAACAUGCCUUGGAGCGGGCAAGAUGCUCGUUGAGUCGUCCGAUGACCCCGCCCAGCUGCGCAAGAAUGUGACCAGUCCGAAUGGAACCACCUAUGCUGCGCUACAGACAUUUGAAUCGCUAGGUUUCAAACAAAUAGUGGACAAGUCCGUUCAAGCUGCCACUCACCGAGCUGCUGAGUUAGGAGGUACUCCAAGAAAAUCUUGA